AUGUCUUCCCGCGAUGGCUCGUCUCUCGGCGCGUCGCCGCCGUCGUACGACUCCAACACAACCCUAGGCGCUGCUCCUCCCCCGACAUACGCCGCCUUCUCCCCCGUCACGCUCUCGGCCACGACGCCCUCCAGGAACAGCCGUCGAUCGACCGUCCUCGUCCACCAGAAGAGCCCGCUGCUCCUUGCCACCCCUCCCCAGAUCACGCGCGCGCUCGCAUACAGCCACCCCUUCCUACUGCCGCUCAACACCUUUGUCGGGCUGCUCACAUGGAGCACCGGAGACCCAUGGCAGAGCUUUCUGCUGCUGUGCUCCUUUUGGGCCAUCGUCCUCUAUGGCGAUGUCGUGCUCAUGCGAGCCGGCCCCAUCGUCGUCUCCAUGGGGCUGAUAGCGGGCAUGUACGGGCGACGAUAUAGUCCCUUGAGCAGCAGUGGCUGGACGGAGCCUGCGCGAGUGACCAAAGAUGCUGCCGCCUCCAAGAAGGCUGCGGCCAAUGGAGGCGGCAAUCCGGAGGAGACUCCCAACGGGAAGCAGUCUGGCCAUGCCCGGGCCAAGUCUGAACUCACAAACACCAAACACCAGAAGACGCUGGAUGAAAUCGUCGACACCCUCAAAGAGUUUACCGGCAGAUGCAAUGUCCUCAUGGACCCUCUUCUCGAGAUGACCGACUUCCUCAGCACCCAGCGGACCCCGACCAGCGCAACUACCAGACCGGCACUCACUGCCAUGUUCAUGCGGCUCCUCAUCAUGACGCCCUUUUGGAUCGUCCUGACCAUGUCGCCGUUUAGGAUCAUUACGACGCGACGAGUUGUGCUAGUGGCGGGAACAAUCAUAUUGACAUGGCAUGCGAGGGUGAUGCGGGUUACGAGGACCAUUAUCUGGAGAAGCAAAUCCGUCCGCAAGCUUGCUGGGGCCAUUACUGGUCUCCAUUUCGAUAGCCCGCCGAAGACAUACCAUCUCAGGGAUGGCGCAGAUAUAAAUGAGUCACAGAUGAGCAAGGCAUCGUUCUUGGGAACCUCUAGCCUGCAAGUGAACCGUCGACGAGACGGCACCGCUAACGGCGGGAAGAGUGCCGGCGUCAAGUUCACUUUCAUUAUAUAUGAGAAUCAGCGGCGGUGGAUUGGCCUGGGGUGGACGUCGAAUCUCUUUGCCUACGAGCGGCCUGCAUGGACAGACGAGCAUAACAACGCCGUGCCACCGCGAGAUGAGUUUGAGCUUCCCGAAGUUGCGGAUGGAAGCCGGAUGAGGUGGCGAUGGGUAGAGGGCAGCCGAUGGCGAGUAGAUGGCGUACCAGACCCUGAAGAUCAGGGCGCGGUGGAUUAUGAUGGUCCCGAAGGGAAGAAUGGAUGGAUAUACUACGACAACAAGUGGCAAAACGGCCGCCGGGGAAUUGAUGGCUGGGGCCGGUGGACGCGGCGCAGGAAGUGGUAUCGCGAUGCCGAAUUGGUGGAGGUGGACGAGUCUCAGCUUCCUCAGGAGCUGGAUGCUACCGAGAGGACACCCACGCCGCACACAACAUCGUAUUCCACAGCCAACGAAAAUAUGCGAGUCGAGCCUCCGGAUCCCACACCAAACGAGGAUCAAGACCAGGUCUCGGAUGCGUUGAGCGUAAAGGCUGCAGAUGAUACGGCCUCGCUACAUUCCACGUCGUCGCGGUUCUGGCCGACCCUGAGGAGACGGACUACUGAUCGUUCCGGGGAUAGUCUCCGUCUGGACAGUCAGAGACAGGAGAAGCGACGAAGCGGCAGCCAGAGGCCGAGGAGAACGAGCGACGUUGCUAGCGACAUUGCCGGAGAGGACGACAGCGCACUGAAUCUUGCCGUCGCGCUUGAGCUGCAGAAGUCGGGCAAAGAGGGCGGGCAGUGGGGGAUUGGGGAUGAAGCGCGCAUGAGCUUGGAAUGA